AUCACCUCCUUCUCUAACCCCAAUUUCACUUGGGGUCUCCAGCACGUCAACCCAAAACUUUUCCCUUGUCGUCCCUUUCUUAACGGACGACGAGAAAAACCUCCUCAUCCCACCACCACGAUCACGUUCGCGACCGUCACAUCAUGAAAAUGCCGCCAAUUUCCAAGAACAUGGGGAUCAUGAAACCGUUCCAACUCUUGGAAAUAAACGUCAUUUCAGCGCAGGACUUGGAACCCUUGUCCAAGAAAAUGAAAACCUACGCCGCCGCAUGGGUCCACCCUACACGGAAACUCGCCACGGGUGUUGAUGUCGAAGGUGGCAACAACCCUACGUGGAACGACAAGUUUGUUUUUCGUGUGGACGAGGAAUUCCUCCGACAGGACAACUCUGCCGUCCACAUUGAGAUUUAUUCCGUCCAUUGGUUCCGGGACUCUCUCGUCGGAACGGUUCGUGUCCUCGUCGGAAACCUAAUCCCUCCUAUUCGAACUCACCACCGUCCUCACCAUCUUGGAAUGCGUUUUGUUGCACUUCAGGUUCGUCGUCCAUCAGGGCGUCCUCAGGGUAUACUAAAUAUUGGUGUGGCGUUGCUCGAUGGCUCGAUGAGAAGUAUGCCAUUGUACAGACAAAUGAGCACGUCAGCAGUUGGAUAUCGCGAUUUAAUGGAAGAAGACACACAUCUUCCACGCAAUAACGAGAUCAAACAGAACAACACCAACACCACUAGCAACAACAACGACAACAACGAUGAUGAUACUUUAAAACCUAUGUUACGCCGGACAAAGAGUGAACGUAGCGAACGAGUCACGUUUGAUGACAUUUCUAUGGGUAAUAGUUCAAUAGUUGCUAUUCCCUCAAAAUCAAAGGCUAAAGAUCAAGAAAAAGAGAGUUCAAUACUUAGUAUUUCAUUUGAGCCUCCAACUCAUAUGAUGAAAAAAAAGGGAAAAGCAAGUUCUGUUAUUAGUGGAGCAGAGCUAAUAAAGGAGAAAUCAAAAAGAGAAGGUAAAAAAGGUAAGACAAGUUCUGUUCUAAGUGAUUCUAUUGUGAGCAAAGGGUCAUCUAUUUAUGAUAGGCCCAAUAGUGAAAAGCCCAAGCCCAAACCCAAACUCAAACUUAUUGAGUUGGAAAUGGGCAACAAAAAUGAGCCCCCAAAUGGAAAAGGCCCUGACAUUGACCCAUCAACAACUAAAGUAAUGGAUGAACAAUCUGUUACAAAGCCCAUUGUGAAGAAUAGUGGAAAUGAGUUUGGAGGCCCAAAAAGCCCAAUGCAGAAUGGCAAGUUUGUGUAUGGAGGCCCAUUGUCUGAAUCAGAAAUUGGGCCUUCAGCAUCUGAAGUGGCUGCUGCAUUAUUGGUUGAUGAAAAGAGAUACCCAUUAUUGGAUGACAAAAAGAGCUCAGUGUUGGAUGGUUGGAGCCUCGAUGAGAGCACCGAGGGGCUCCGGUCCAAGCUCGAGAGGUGGAGGACCGAACUUCCACCAGUAUACGACCGAGGGACGGGCUCGAGCAGCUACCGUUCGACCGGGCGCCACGGGAGAAGGCGUUCGGAUGGAGGGAGUAGCUUGUUUUCUUGCUUUGGUAAUAUUUGUGGGUAUGAAUGCCAAUGCAUUUGUGGGAAGCCUCAAAAGAGAAGUCAUAACAACAAGUACAAAAGCCCAUCAACUGCUAGCAGAUCAUGGCAUUGAAAGCCCAAGCCCAAUUAGAUUUUUCAGGCCCAGUUGCAAGAAGAAUGAUAUGUUGAUGCUAUUGAGGAAUUAGGGGGUCAUGUUGUUUAGGUCACUCUUUUCAUUAAAUUUGAUGAUUAUUGUUUUAAUGUUUACAAUGUUGUAAACUAUUCUGCUAUUUGGUUUUCUUUAGCAGAACUUCUCAAAAUUAUAUGGUUUGUCUUGUUGUUGAUUGGUAUGUCUUCUCCUGA